UUUUGAGGUGGACGACGGUUCUGCGUAGACAGCAGUGUGCGAUGAGGUAAACAGUUGGCGUGUUAAAACGAAACAAAAAUGGAUCCACCGAAAGAUGUGCAGCCGCCCAAACAGCAGCCUAUGAUCUACAUAUGUGGAGAAUGCCACACUGAAAAUGAAAUUAAGGCCCGUGAUCCAAUCCGAUGCAGAGAGUGCGGCUACAGGAUCAUGUACAAGAAGAGAACAAAGAGAUUGGUUGUCUUUGAUGCCCGAUGAAGAAGAGGAGAGCAGCAGUUUUGAUUAUUUUUGUUGUGUACUAUUUUUGUAGUGUAUGACCAUGUAUAUACAUAAUGUAGAUCAACAAUGCCAUACGUUCUGACCUCCAGGCCUGGCUACAGAUUUCCAAAAUAUGGUUGAAGCUCAACAUUUUAAUUUUGACACACAUAGUACUGUUUUUUUACACAAGAGUAAUGGAUGAAAGGUUUUGGUUUAUUAAAAAAACAAGAUUGAC